AUGAGGAUCGAUAGCUAUGAUCUUGGUGGAGCUUCUUUUAUUGUAUUUGAUGCGGAAAAAUGGGCAAUUAGUGAUGCGGGUUUGUUUUCUGAUGGACAAUUUAGCACUCAUGUUCAAAAUAUCGGCUUGCAAGUGACUGGCACUGCAGCCCCGAAGUUUUAUCAGUCUUCAAUGCAAUCCCUGGGAUCACUUAGAUACCAUGGACUUAGUCUGGAGAAUGGACAUUACAAUGUAAGCUUGUCCUUUGCUGAGACCGUUUUUGGUGAUCAAGGCCCACAAACGUGGACGAGUCUUGGAAGGGAACUGUCCAGCUAAAAAUUUUUGACAUAUCAAAGGAAGUGUGUGGGAAAAGCAAUUACGAAGGAAUUUUAUGCUAAGGUGUCUGCGAACUACCUUAAAAUUCACCUAUUUUGGGUUGGUAAAGGGACCUGUUGCAUACCUGAUCGAGGUAGUUACGGUCCAUUAGUUUCAGCUCUUUUGUCAUUCCAGGUAAUUAUUUGAUUCCUUUGAAUCUUCAUUUAAGAUAAGAGUU